CCAGCUCCUCCCCGCGAGCUCCAGGGUUCUGCUUCCUCCCGCGGGGGUGUUUGAGCUCUGGGCCCUGCCGUGGGCAGUGGCGUUCCGUGCGGUACCCAAUGCCUCGGGCAGGACUGGAUGCUCAGGAGUGUGAGGAGGAGGCUGCCGGGGUCAUUAUGUGUGCGUCGGUCAAGUACAACAUCCGGGGUCCCGCCCUCAUCCCGAGAAUGAAGACCAAGCACCGCAUCUACUACAUCACCCUCUUCUCCAUCGUCCUGCUGGGUCUCAUCGCCACGGGCAUGUUUCAGUUCUGGCCGCACUCCAUUGAGUCCUCGGGCGACUGGAGCGUGGAGAAGCGCAGCGUCCGAGACGUGCCCGUGGUCAGGCUGCCGGCUGACAGCCCGGUGCCUGAGCGCGGCGACCUCAGCUGCAGGAUGCACACGUGUUUCGACGUCUACCGCUGCGGCUUCAACCCCAAGAACAAGAUCAAGGUGUACAUCUACCCGCUGAAGAAGUACGUGGGCGAGGCGGGUGUCCCCGUGAGCAGCACCAUCUCCCGCGAGUACAACGAGUUGCUCACGGCCAUCUCAGACAGCGACUACUACACCGACGACAUCACCCGCGCCUGCCUGUUCGUCCCGUCCAUCGACCUGCUCAACCAGAACUCGCUCCGCGUGAGGGAGACGGCGCAGGCGCUGGCCCAGCUCUCCAGGUGGGAUAGAGGUACCAAUCACCUCCUGUUCAACAUGUUGCCUGGAGGCCCCCCAGAUUAUAACACGGCCCUGGAUGUCCCCAGAGACAGGGCUCUGUUGGCUGGUGGUGGCUUUUCUACGUGGACUUACCGGCAAGGCUACGACGUCAGCAUUCCUGUGUAUAGUCCGCUGUCAGCUGAGGUGGACCUUCCAGAGAAGGGCCCCGGUCAGUUUUCAGCGCUGUCUACCAAGCUCCCCAGAUCAGAAAUCCAGUUGCCGUCCGUAAGUCUUUCCUCUGCCUUACUUCCUGGGCGGAAUUCCAGGCUUCCAGAAGGAAAGCAGGCGUUCAGCAUAAAUCCUGUCGUUCAGACAGUUCUCCGCCGAAAUCGAAGUUCCCACGCCCCAGUCAAGGGCCAGCCUUUCAAAGAAGAGAGCCGCCAGGCCCACUGUGUUAAGUCCGUGCACCAGGCACUGUGGGCACUGUGGGCAGCUGACAGGCAGAGGCCGCGGCGGUACUUCCUCCUGUCGUCCCAGGUGGCCCUGCACCCGGAGUCCAGAGAGGACCUGGCCGCCCUCCAGGCCAGACACGGCGAGGCGGUGCUGGUGCUGGACAAGUGCAGCAACCUCUCCGAGGGCGUCCCCGCCGCCCGGAAGCGCUGCCACCAGCAGCAGGCCUUCGACUACCCGCAGGUGCUGCAGGAGGCUACUUUCUGCAUGGUCCUUCGUGGAGCUCGGCUGGGCCAGGCGGUAUUGAGUGACGUGUUACGGGCUGGCUGCGUCCCAGUGAUCAUCGCAGACUCCUACGUUCUGCCUUUCUCUGAAGUCCUUGACUGGAAGAGAGCAUCUGUAGUUGUGCCAGAAGAAAAGAUGUCAGAUGUGUACAGUAUUCUGCAGAGCAUCCCCCGAAGACAGAUUGAAGAAAUGCAGAGACAGGCACGGUGGUUUUGGGAAGCCUACUUCCAGUCAAUCAAGGCCAUCGCCCUGGCCACCCUGCAGAUCAUCAAUGAUCGGAUCUAUCCAUACGCCGCCAUCUCCUAUGAAGACUGGAACGACCCUCCCGCCGUGAAGUGGGGCAGUGUGAGCAACCCUCUCUUCCUCCCCCUCAUCCCCCCGCAAUCUCAAGGUUUCACGGCCAUCGUCCUCACCUACGACCGAGUGGAGAGCCUCUUCCGGGUCAUCACUGAAGUGUCCAAGGUGCCCAGCCUCUCCAAGUUACUGGUCGUCUGGAACAAUCAGAAUAAAAACCCUCCUGAAGAUUCUCUGUGGCCCAAAAUCCGGGUUCCGUUAAAAGUUGUGAGAACGGCUGAAAACAAGUUGAGUAACCGCUUCUUCCCUUACGAUGAAAUCGAGACAGAGGCCGUCCUGGCUAUUGAUGAUGAUAUCAUCAUGCUGACCUCUGAUGAGCUGCAGUUCGGUUAUGAGGUCUGGCGCGAGUUCCCUGACCGGCUGGUGGGUUACCCGGGCCGCCUGCACCUCUGGGACCACGAGACGAGCAAGUGGAAGUACGAGUCCGAGUGGACCAACGAGGUGUCCAUGGUGCUCACCGGCGCGGCCUUCUACCACAAGUAUUUUAAUUACCUAUAUACCUACAAGAUGCCUGGGGACAUCAAGAACUGGGUGGAUGCUCAUAUGAACUGUGAAGACAUUGCCAUGAAUUUCCUGGUGGCUAACGUCACAGGGAAAGCUGUCAUCAAGGUAACACCACGAAAGAAAUUCAAGUGUCCUGAAUGCACAGCCAUUGAUGGGCUUUCACUCGACCAGACGCACAUGGUGGAGAGUCUCCUGUCAUUUUGGAACCUGAGACUGCGACCUCCUGGGUCUCGAAAGACUGCCAACAGGAGGGGAGCUCAGUGAUCUGAGGGCCAUUGUAGAAUGUGAUAGAAAGACCCAGGCCUCUGUUACCAGCGCAAGCCUGGGAUUGAAGCCAGCUCCACCAUCUUCCAGCUUAGGGUCCUUGGGACAGUCCUGUAGCCUCUCUCAGCCCAAACUUCUCAAACGACACCUACCCUCGGGCGCAUGACGGGGGAUACUUAAAGCAAUUGCUGGGGUCAUGUAUGGAAAUUAGCUGGCACUUAAUAGGAAAUGGCAACCCACUCCAGUACUCUUGCCUGGAGAAUUCCAAGGACAGAGGAGCCAGAAGUCUGAAGGGCUACAGUCCAUGGGAUUGCAAAGAGUCGGACACGACUGUGUGACCAACUUUCACUUUUUCACUAGGUGCUUAACAGUUCUUAAUUUCCACCUUCUCUCUUUGGACCCUAGAAUAAUGAUAAUAAACAAAUGUGUCUCAUCUCAUAGUGAAGACUUCAGCCUCAGCAACCAGAUUGCCUGGGUUUGGCUCUGCUCUUACCGGUUAUUUGGCUUUGGGCCUGUCUCUGACCUCUCUGUGAUAUGCCUCUGUCUCCCCAUUGUGCUGUGGGAAGGAUAGGAGACCUGCCUCGUGGGGUUGUUGUGAGGGGAGACGUGAGUGACUAGUACAUGCCAAGCACUUUUAACACAGCCCAGAACAUAGAACAAAUGUUGGCUGCUGUUGCUUUGUGGCUGUGGGCACAGUGAUAUUAUUAGCUGGAAGAGCUCAAAAUGAGAUAGUAACUCAUUCUGACCAACAGAAUAAGCCCAAGAAAAUGAUUGAUAAUAACUGGCUUCUUUAUUAAUUGGUUUCUUGCUGAAGCUCAAAGGACUCAAAUAAAAGCCGUCUACUAAAAUAGCUUGAAGCAAGGCUUACAGUCUCCAAGGGCAGAAGAGCCUUGCAGUCUGUGUCUUGAAAUUCGGCCCUUCCCUGGGAACCGGUUCUCAGGUGCCGUGGGCCUGACUGAGGAGAGAGAAUACUGACUUCGCUGAAAUCCAUCCUUGAGGUCCCCUUAACUUCAAAAGCGGUUUUUGCGGGCUCGUUUUCCCGCUUUGGUCUGACGCCGAGAUGUCCUCAUUAUCCGCUGUCACACUCAGUUGGCCUGAUUGACCAGAACCUUUCCCCCCGUGUGUCUGAGCCGCUCCCCUCUGAGGGCGCUGCUCACGGGGUGGGGGUUAGAGGCCGCACCCUCCCUUCAUCCAGUGCUGCUAAGUCGCUUGUUGCUGCUGAUUCUAACACCAGAGCAGCUACAAUUAUGAAAGCUGUCCAGUGUGAACUUUGGCCUUCACAGAGGAGCUUAUGGAAGUGGACUGAUAAUUCCCAGAGAUCCCCACUCAACAGCCCUCGAUAGAUGUUGGUUGAAUGCCUGAAAUGUUGUUUGAAAUUGAGGUUCAUGGCCCCCCCGUUGUCUCCUCUGCCUUCCAUCGCCCCACGUGUAGGAGCCUUCCUUCUCCCUUUUAAGCUCAAGCGAGCUAAAGCCGAGAUCCAACCCUUUGCCUUCUCUUCAGCUGGCAGGGAUGGGGUUAAGGCAUGUUGGCAAUUAAUCCACCUUGGUUAGAGGCCUGCUUGUAAGGAGCUGGAGGAAUGAAUGGAAUUUGAGGGGGAGGGGGAACGAUACUCUGACCUCUGCAGGCCCAUGGCCUUCAUACAGCUCAAACAGCACCCCUGGUUCCCUUUCUUCUUCUGAACUAAUAGAGCACCCCCAGAUCACUUUGUUCCU